UAAGCAACACCUUCUACCUGCACUCAGUUCCUCAGUCACAUUUAGCAGCAGCGCCUGCAGCAAAGUGGAUACACUUUUUUACUGUGGAUGCUGGAAUGCAUGUUGCCAUUCAAAUAGUAUCCCAUUAGAAGCCAACCUGGCCGUUAUCUGCGGACCAUCCCCACAUAUUGGAUUCUUAAUCAAGAGGACAUGUUUAGCCCUGGCCAAAUGGUGUCCACACUCCUUCCUGCAGUUUUUCAUUCUUCUGCAGCUCACUUUUUUCCUGGAUUCCCAACCAGACUGAGUGCUCCACCUCAGUUCCUGAUUCCUGGGCCAUUUUUUAGCUACGAAUCCCUGAGGAAUUAUCUUCAGCCAGAGCCUUUCAAAGAGUCUUUGCUGCUGGCCACACAGGCAGUUGGGAUAGGGCCACUAACUGAGAGCGAAGAUGAACAGAGGCCAGUGAAGCAACGGCGUGCACGAGCCAACUACAGCAGCUGGCAGCUGGAGGAGUUGGAGAAGGCUUUCAAAACGACCCACUACCCUGAUGUCUUUAUGAGGGAGGCCCUGGCCCUCAGACUGGAUCUGAUCGAAGCCCGAGUCCAGGUUUGGUUUCAAAACCGUCGAGCCAAGAUGAGGCGGCAGUUGAAAAUCCAGGGCCAGCUCGCUCAGCCACUCAUAAAAAGAGACAAUGUAAUAUGUGAGCAGAGGAGCACAAAUUUCACACAAACAGAAAGUUCCAACAGCGAGGCCUGGGAGAGACAACAGGAAGGAGAGAUCUACCCAUGGACAAAAGCUCCGGCGUCUGUGCCAAGUGUGCGGAAGCAGCCUGCGACCCUGAGGUUGGGGAAGUGGGAGAGGCAGGAGGGGCCCAGCUCCGAGGAGCUCCGCUCCUGCAGCAUUGCCAAGCUGCGGGCCAAAGCCAGAGAGCACGAAGCUGAGAUCCACAGCACUGUAAACAUGUCAGGCAGCGACUUACGGGCACAAACGCAGGAAACCGACGCCAUUCUCAGCGACUAAUCAUGUUCCUUCUUCCUGUUUAUACAGAUAAACUCUGGACACCUUCAAUGUACAGGCACUGUUUGAACUUCGGGGGAAACAUUUCAUCACUUAGCUUUAAAUAACUGACAAAUGACUAAAUAAAUCUAUAAAUAUA